ACCGAUCUCCCUGCACACUCUCCGUGCACCCCCUUUUUCAUUACCAGUACGCUCCUGCUGCACUCUCUGUGCACCCCCUUUUUCUUUACAUCCUUGCUGCGCUCCCCACUGCACUCUCUAUGUACCCGCUUUCCCUUUUGCAUCCCUGCUGCGCUCCCCACUGACCUUUCCGUGCACCCCUUUUCCCGUGCAAUCCCUGGUAUACCCCCCCGUGACACUCUCCGUGCAUCACCUUCCCCGUGCAUCCCCGCCGUGCCCUCCGUGCCCUCUCCACGCUCGCUCCCUCCCGUCCAUCCCCGCUGCGUGCUCAGUGUGCUCUUGGCCAUGAACGGCUCGGUGGCGGCGGGCUCUGAGGGGGGCUGGCAGCCCGAGUCGGUGAUCAUCCCACUGGUGUACCUCGUCAUCUUCCUCGUGGGCACGGUGGGCAACUGCCUGGUCCUAGCCGUGCUGCUGCGCAAUGGGCAGGUGAAGAACACCACCAACCUCUUCAUCCUCAACCUGGGGGUGGCUGACCUCUGCUUCAUCCUCUUCUGCGUCCCCUUCCAAGCCACCAUCUACACCCUGGAGGGCUGGGUGUUUGGGUCCUUCAUGUGCAAGGCCGUCCACUUCUUCAUCUACCUCACCAUGUACGCCAGCAGCUUCACCCUGGCCACCGUCUCCCUUGACAGGUAUUUGGCCAUACGAUACCCUCUGCACUCGAGGGAGCUGAGGACACCCAGGAACGCCCUCACAGCCAUCUGCUUCAUCUGGGGGCUUUCCUUCAUUUUCUCAAGCCCUUACCUCAGCUACUACCAGGAGUUCCAGCUGGCUAACCUGACUGUCUGCCACCCCAUCUGGGAGAUCUCCCAGCGCAAGGUCAUGGACAUCUGCACCUUCAUCUUCAGCUACAUCAUCCCAGUGCUGAUCCUGAGCCUCACUUACGUGCGGACUAUUCACUACCUGUGGAGGUCUGUGGACCCUCUCCAAGACAUGUCAGAAUCCAAGAAGGCCAAGCGGAAGGUCACCAGGAUGAUCAUCAUCGUAGCUGUCCUGUUCUGCCUCUGUUGGCUGCCCCAUCACCUGGUCAUCCUCUGUGUCUGGUUCGGGUACUUCCCCCUCAAUCACUCUACAUAUGUGCUCCGCAUCCUCUCGCAUCUCAUCUCCUAUGCCAACUCCUGCGUUAACCCUAUCGUCUAUGCCCUGGUCUCCAAACACUUCCGCAAGGGUUUCAAGAAGAUCUUCAUCUGCCUCUUGCACAAGAAGGCAGCCAACAAGGUGCACGUGGCCCAGGUGAACACUGUCAGCACACUGGAGGCAGAGCUCAGCGAGGUGACCCGCAUCAGCGAGGCCCUGCCCGGCUGCUCCUCCGUGCGCUGCAGGGUCCCAGCCCCGCCCUGGGGGGAGGCAGAGCUGGUGGGACAUCAGCAGAAAGCAGAUGGCUCCUUCAUCACCUUCAAUGUCACCUAGCAGAGCUUCUUUCAAUCCCAUGGCUUUGCAGUCUCCAGCAGCAUCACAGGCCUGGGGAUGGGCUACUUUUUGGGUUGAAAUGCAUCAAAAUAUACCCUUUUUCAUUCAAAUGCACCCAGAUAUUGUAACUGUUAAAAGCAAUGCUGCUGACUGCAGACUCAGCCAAGCAAGUGACCAAGGAUCCAAAGGCAGCAUUUGCUUCCACCAAGCACUUGCUGACAACAGAGAGAUCAAAACCCAAAAUCAACUCUCCUGUGUAAUCACCUGUUCCUCUGUCACAGACGGACUUACACCCUGUUGCCUCCAUUCCUGGAUCCUAUUGAAAGCUCUGCUCCCUCCAACCAAUGCAGCAUCUAGCUGGAGUUAAUGGGGUGAAUUUUUAGGGACAUUUGGGAAGUUCUGGUUCAUUUGCGUCCUGGUUCAGGAGCUGUGUCCCAGGGCAGCGUUGGCCACAGCCACAUGGGCACAAACCCGACUCAGGUAGGAAAAUCCAGAAGUAUAG